AUGGCAAUUUUGUUGAAACUUAUCAGAGUUGGAGCAAAAGUUGGAGUAGUGGUUUUUGCUGUUAAAGUGUCACUUGAUAACGAUAUAUGGUCAUUGAGUACAGAAAAAGGAGCGAACUUAUGUGAGCAACUAAAAGAGCGAAUUAUUCCUGGCACAAUUGUAUAUCCACAAAAAUUUGAUUUGUAG